GACAGCUCCGUGUGUGACAGAUGCCAGGCCAGGGAAACCCGCUUCAUUCAACGCCGGGGAGCGAAGCGGGACGGCGGGGGCUUGUUUUCGGGAUUCUCCGGCUCCGCUGAAGGGAAACCCGCUGACUGGAAAACAUGUCCGGCGACAAGGCGACGGGAUCCUGCAACAGGUUCCAGCCGAACAUCUUUAAUAAGAGCAAAUGUCAGAACUGCUUCAAGUCCCGGGGAGUUCACCCGCUGAACGACAGCGACCUGGAGCAGGCGAAGCCCGUCUACGCCGGCUGGUUGUGUUUGGCUCCUGAGGGAACGGACUUUGAUAAUCCCACCCAGAGGUCCAGGAAAUGGCAGCGGCGAUUUUUCAUCCUGUACGAACAUGGCAGCCUGACGUACGCGCUGGACGAGCUGCCCAGCACUCUGCCACAGGGAACUGUCAACAUGAACCUGUGUACCGAUGUUACGGACGCCGAGCCCCGGACCGGCCAGAGGAAUGCGCUGUGCAUCGCCACGGCGACGCAGGAAGUCUUCAUCCGCGGCGACAGCAGAGAGAUCAUCAGCAGGUGGGGCGAGCAGCUCACUGCGUACCUGUCUGCUAACGAACAGCAGAAUAAGAAACGCCGCAUUGACUCCAAUCAGGACCCCAGCCCAGCCAACAUGGCCGCCGCCCGUCGGAGCGGUCCUGCGUCGGCGGCCGGGCCCGCAGGCCCAGAUGUGCCUCCGGUCCGGACCGUAACCAGAACCAACCCGCCUGCAGGUGGAGGCGACAGCGUGCCGACCCAGCCGGGCCCCGCCUCCUCCCCGACCCCUGUGACCCCUGUGACCCCUGUGACCUCAGGCGGCAUUGGACGCCUGGCCGCCUCGGUCAGCUCCCCGGAGUUAUCAGCCGCCGGCCGUUACGACCAGAACCAGAACCAGAGCAGAAGCCUGGAUCGCUCAGCAGAGCAGCAGCUGGAGCCCCGGAGCGGAGCGCAGAGAGGCGGAGGAGCCGACUGCGGGGCCCGGGCCGGGGCCGGGGCCAACCGGACCGCCAGGCGAGAGAAACUGCGGUCGACGGGAGACGGGAGCCUGCUCAGCGUUCCCACGCCUCAGAGGAGAACCCGGUCUCUGGACCGCCGGACAGCGGGCGGCGCCGUGGCGGCCAUGACGCCAGAUCUGCUGAACUUUAAGAAAGGCUGGAUGAUGAAGCUGGAUGAAGAUGACGAGUGGAAGAAGUAUUGGUUUGUUCUGUCGACGGCCAGCUUGAGGUUCUACAGGGACGCAUCAGCUGAGGAGGCUUCAGACCCGGAAGGAGAAAUCGACUUGUCGACGUGCUACAGCGUGUCUGAAUAUCUGGUCCAGAGAAACUACGGCUUCCAGAUCCACACCCAGACGGCCGUCUUCACGCUGUCCGCCAUGACGGCAGGAAUACGAAGGAACUGGAUCCAAGCGCUGAUGAAGAACGUCCAUCGGGCCGACGCGCCCGACGUGGCCAGCUUACCUGGCCGCCGCCUCACCUGCAGCCCAGCUGAGGUCAGACCGGACGUGACGCAGGACUCCGCCUCGGGCCACGCCCCCAUCCCGCCUGGCCCCACGUCCGGCAGCGAGUCGGACCAGUCUGGGGUCGGAGCUGAAGCCCGGCUGUACGGCGGUUGCCUCGGCAACCGAGAUGCGUCCUGCCUGGAGCUGGGCGACCUGGAGAGGCGCAGGCGGCGGGAGGAGAGGAGGCGACACUACGAGAGCCUGCUGGGCUUCUCUCUGGGGCGGGGCGGGCCGCAGUGCGGCGAGGGCGGCGCCACGCGACCUCUGAGCCCCCAGUCCCAGCUGAAGAUGGAGGAGCAGAUGGCAGAGUGCUGGAGGCGGGUGGAGAGGACGGCGCUGAGACCAGAGAGGACGGUGGCUCUGCCCACCAAGUCCAGAGACGCUCUGGAGACGGAGACGCUGCUGCAGGGCUGCCGGACGCUGGUCGAUGACCUGAAGGCCCAGCUGGCCGAUUCGGAGCGUCGCAGACUCCAGCUGGAAGAUCGGCUCCGAGCCGCCGGAUCCUGUCCGGAGCAGCUGGACCUUCUGGUUCCGUCCGACCCGGUUUUCCACCCUGCAGAUGGGAGCUUGACUCAGCUGAAUGACUCUGGGCGGCUGUGCAGCGACUCCUCGCCAGCUGCCCGUCUGUCCGGCAUCUGGCUGCGUCUCCCAGACGGAGAUUCAGCAGAAACAGAAACGGACCGUUUGGUUUUAGCUGCAGCUGCAGCAGCCGGCCAGCAGGGGGCGCUUCAGGCGUCUGACGGGAGAGACCCGGACGGCCACGCUGCAGUGCAGAGUCUGACCCAGGAGGUGGCGCUGCUCAGCAGCCAGAACCGAGCUCUGGACCAGCGCAACCAGGAGAUGCUGAACCAGCUGACCGAGGCGGACCGGGAGAUCGACCGGCUGAAAGCCGAGCUGGGCCGCUGCCGCAACGAGCCGCUCCGCCGGAACCAGGAGCUGCUGGCGACCUCUCUGGAGGUUCUGCUGCGGCUCAAACACUCAGCAGAACCAAACGGACCAGAACUGCAGCUGGAGCGGUCGGAGCGGACCUGCAGGAAACCAGAGCAGAGAAACACGGAGCUGAAGCAAACAACAGCUGAAGACGUCACUGAGGAGAAACCGGACCAGAACCAGAACCAGGCCGUUUCUGCUGAAGAAAACAUCCAGGAAGUGACAGCAGGAGCGGUGAUGAGGCUGCCGGCGUUGGCGCAGCUGCUGGAGGCCAUCGACAGUUUGGACCUCAGAGAGGAAGAGGAGGAAGCGUUCUGGAAGAUGAAGAGCGACCCGGCCCGGCUGCAGCAGCCAAUAGGAGAGCAGCUGCUGGAGCAGGCCGGCCAUGCGCUGCUGCACCCUGAGGAAGAGGAGGAGGAAGAGGAGGAAGAGGAGAGCUUCGUGUGGGGAAGAGUUUCAGAGAACCGCAGAUUUACUGAUGAGCUGAGGAAGCUGAGAGGCAUCACUCUGAGCAGAAUAUUGUGUCUGAACCGCCUCACUGUCUCCGGCCGCAGCGCCGCAGACAAACACUCCGCUUCCCACCGCGCACCGUCUGCAGCGGCGGACGCAUCCUGCUGCGUUCGGCUCCGCAGGCUGCGGUCCAGAUACCAGAGGAGAGUCUGUUCCAGCUGCAGCCGCAUGGAGGAGAACCAGGAGCUAAGAACCGGAUCAGAGGAUAGGUGGCCCACAGAGGAUGCCCAGGUGAGCAGCAGCUGCCAGACUGAUGGAGGUCAGAGGUCAACAGCAGCGGGGUCAGAGGAAAUGCUGCACAUGGAGCAGAAUGAAAUGAGGCCGCAGGAGACGCAGCAAAGCUCUGACCUCCGAGCCGAAGGGGAGACGCUGCAGCAGCUGCAGGAGGAGUUGAGGCGAGUGAAGGAGCAGCACCAGCUGGAGGUCGCUCAGCUGAAGGCCUCCUGUGAGCGUGGCCUCGUCACCAUGGAGACCUGUCAUCUGAGGGUGGUGGAGGAACUGCAGCGCCUGCACCAGCAGGAGGUGCAGCGCCUCCUGGUGGAGAGAGACAGACUGUUGAAGGAGGAGAGCGCUGCUACUGCGACCGCGAUCAAAGCCAUCAAGAAGGCCCAUGGCGCCGAGCUGCAGAGGGAGAUCCAGAGGAGGAGCCAAUCAGAGAACGGCAACGGAAACUCGCAGCUGGAGGAGAUCCACAGGGAGGAGCUGGCCUCCUUCCAGCUGGAGCUGGACGUUUUGUCCCAGCAGUUCUCCAUGAAGUGUCUGGAGAACGGACACCUGGUCCAGGCGGUGGAGGCUGAGAGGAAGGCUUUGGGUCAGUGUCAGCAGGAGAACCGGGCCCUGCGGAGCCGCAACCAGGAGCUGAGCCGUCACCUGGCAGCAGAGAUCACCAGACUGGGUUCUGUGGCCAAGGAGCAGCUGGAUCUUCUUCCUGUCCAGAUCAUGGAGGCCGAGGUCCGGAGUCUGAAACAGGAAGUGGCGUCUCUGAAGGACGAGCUGCAGGCAGCGGUGAAGGACAAGAGGAACGCAGCGAAGAAACACCAGGAUGUUCAGACGGAGCUGAGCUGCAGCAGAGCCAGAGCCGAGCGAGAGGCGGAGGAGCUGAGGGAGAACCUGAGGCUGGCGCACCGGGCGCUGGGGGAGGCCUCAGCCUGACCUUCAGAACGACCUCCAGGAUGACCUUCAGAACGACCUUCAGAACGACCUCCAGGAUGACCUUCAGAACGACCUUCAGAACGACCUCCAGGAUGACCUUCAGGAUGACCUUCAGCCUGACCUCCAGGACGACCUCCAGGAUGACCUUCAGCCUGACCUCCAGGAUGACCUUCAGCCUGACCUCCAGGAUGACCUUCAGAACAACCUUCAGGACGACCUUCAGAACGACCUUCAGGACGACCUUCAGAACGACCUUCAGCCUGACCUCCAGGAUGACCUGUUCACUCUGUCUGAACACAAUAGGGCUUCCUCUCUGUCAUAUUUUAUAUGAGCAAUACAUUUCUUUAAAGUAUCUAUUUUUUAAGUGUAACUCAUUUACUGUAUUUUUAUAACUUUAAAACGUUGUUUUUACUGAAUGCUCUUUGCUCAAUAAACACUCUGUAAACUUU